CGCUCCGGAAGCCUUCCGCCGGCGCAGGCGCACUAGGUCCCGAGGCGGCCUUAGGUUUCGAGGGGGCCCUAGGUUUCGAGGCGGCUCUAGGUCCCGAGGCGGCCCUGGAUCCGCCGGGUCCCUCCGCCUGCCGAGGUGCCAUGGUGCCGCCACCGCUGUCGCCGCCGCUCUGCACGCUGCCGCCCGGCCCCGGACCCCCGCGCUUCGUGUGUUACUGCGAGGGGGAGGGCAGUGGGACGGGGGAACGCGGCGGCUUCAACCUCUAUGUGACGGACGCCGCGGAGCUUUGGAGCACCUGCUUCACGCCGGACAGCCUGGCGGCCCUCAAAGCCCGUUUUGGCCUGAGUGCGGCUGAAGACAUCACCCCCCGCUUCAGGGCAGCCUGCCAGCAGCAAGCUGUGACUCUCACCCUGCAGGAGAACAGAGCAUCCCUGACCCUUUCAGGGGGGCCCUCGGCGCUGGAAUUUGACCUCUCCAAGGUGCCGGGCCCAGAGGCAGCCUCCAGGUUGCAGGCACUGACACUGGGCCUGGCAGAGCGCGUGUGCAGCUUGGAGCAGCGGCUGGCAGCUGCUGCAGAGGAGACAGCCACCAGCCCCAGGAAGAGCUCCCGGCAGGUGGGCCCUCUGCUCUUCUUACCAGACCCGGAUCCUCAGAGAGGUGGCCCUGGACCUGGGGUCAAGAGGCGGUGUCCGGGAGAGUCUCUCAUCAACCCUGGCUUCAAGAGUAAGAAACCAGCUGGUGGUGUAGACUUCGACGACCCCUGAAGGUGCAGCAAAAACUGUGACCGUCGGGAGGCUGCUUGCAAGGGGAGGGGCAGCCCCUGGGACCCUCCCGCUGGCACCUGCCCAUCCCGCUGCCAGGCAGGAACAAGCCUGCUCCUCCAGCCCCUUCCCCAUCAAAUAAACAUCUUCAUCUGGCGGAGGUCACAGAGGUCCCGGCCAGGCUCUGGUUCCUGGGGGCUGGCUCCAGGAGAGGUCUCGGGGAUUGCCAGGCCUGCGGUCUGGGCGUGGGGCCGCAUCAGGCUCUGCGCUCCAUGGUGGAGCUGCCGGCUCUCCCGACCCACCCAGCUGUCCCUGCCUGGCCAGCCCAGGAGCCAAGAAGGUUGUGUGAGGUGGGGCUGGGGCUCUGAGAGGCUAGAACUCUGCUCCUGUCCCUCCGGGCACACGCCUCCCUGAUGCAAACCCCACGUGAUGACCAGGGAGAUGGGGGUGGCCUGCCUGCCACCUGGGGCAGAGCUGAGGAAUGUGGGCCCGCCCUCCGGCCUGGAGACCCGAGUUGCCCAGACGGGGCUCUGCUCCCCACCCUCCCCACCCAUCCUGCCGCCCCGCCCUGGCCUGACUGGUUUGGGAGCCCAAUCCAGUCCCGCCAUCCCUGAGGAGUCGGGGGAUGGACCGCGCCCCACCCACUGGGCUCUCUGCCCAGUCCUUCCUGGCUAUCAUCUGGAGCUGAGCGUCUC